CCCGGCAGGCGGGGCCGGAGGUCAAGGGUGAGGGGUCAGCUCCUGCCUGGCGCGGCGGCAUGGCCGGCGGCGGUGGCGGCAGCGGCCCGGUGGGCUCUGCGGCGGGGGAUGGAGCGCCGCCGGCCCCAGAGCGGGUUCUCUUCCCGCCUACCUUCAGCGUGUCCGAGAUCAAGAACAAGCAGCGGCGGCACUUCAUGUUCCUUCGCUGGAAGCAGCAGCAGAGGAAGGAGAAACUGGCCGCCAAGAAGAAGCGGAGAAAGGAGCGAGAAGCCCUCGGAGACAAAGCACCUCCAAAAGCCGUACCAAAGACUAUUGAAAAUCAGAGAGUGUAUGACGAAACAACUGUAGAUCCCAAUGAUGAAGAGGUUGCUUUUGAUGAAGCAACUGAUGAAUUUGCACCAUACUUCAACAGACAGACAGUUCCCAAGAUUCUUAUUACAACAUCAGACAGGCCUCGCGGAAGAACAGUGAGAUUCUGUGAACAGUUGGCUACUGUUAUACCCAACUCGCAUGUCUACUAUCGAAGAGGACUGGCUUUGAAAAGAAUUAUUCCACAGUGUAUUGCAAGGGACUUUACGGAUUUAAUUGUCAUUAAUGAAGAUCGCAAAAUACCAAAUGGUCUGGUUUUAAGUCAUCUGCCUGAUGGUCCAACUGCUCAUUUUAGAAUGAGUAGUGUCCGUUUGCGUAAAGAAAUAAAGCGAAGAGGGAAAGACCCCACAGAACACGUACCCGAAGUAAUCCUGAAUAAUUUCACAACGCGACUUGGCCAUUCUAUUGGUCGCAUGUUUGCUGCUCUCUUCCCACAUGAUCCUCAGUUCAUUGGAAGACAAGUAGCUACAUUUCACAAUCAGCGAGACUACAUCUUUUUCAGAUUCCACAGAUAUAUCUUCAAGAGUGAAAAGAAAGUGGGAAUUCAAGAACUUGGACCGCGUUUUACAUUAAAGCUGAGGUCUCUUCAAAAAGGAACCUUUGAUUCCAAAUUUGGAGAAUAUGAAUGGAUUCAUAAGCGCCGAGAAAUGGACACAAGCAGAAGAAAAUUUCACUUAUAAGGGACAGUUAUCUGCAAAUUGCUGGUGACCAGAAAUGUAACUGCAUUGAACUAUGGAUUAUCUUGGACUCCUAACUAAUGAUAACGAUACUGAACAGUAUCUAUCUACAGAAAAACAAACUGCAAACAUUAAAACUUUCUACAGAAGCAGAUCAAGUAGGAUGCAUCUUUCUUCCUAAUUUUGUAGCUAAAUCCAACAUCACAAGGAUGUGCCCCUUCUUCCAGUUUAGCAGGAGAAACUAUGGCAAUGUCAGAGAAGCCUGUAAUUCAGUUAUCACCAAGUAUUUGCCAUAAAUAUAGCACAACAGCAGAUAAAUUCCACUUUGCGACAUCAAAGACAGUAAAUGUUUUGGUUAAAGAUAUUCUUAAAAUAAAGUAUUUUGUUAUACA